AUGGGGCUGUUUUGGAGCCCCCCGAACAUGUUUUUUAUCGCUGAGGUGUACGCCGCUUGCUUGGCAGGACUGUGGGUGGGCGCAAAUGGCGCUGCCUCCCCCUUAUGGAAGGACAGUUCCUUCAAUUUUGCUCCAGAUCAAGCUUACCCCUCUACGCAGGUUAACGAUGUUCCUCUUACUGAUUUCGUUGUAUCAGAUUUAUAUGAGGUUAAGGAGCAUCACAGGAGGUCCAUAGGGGGCUUGCUUGGUAGAAUAAUUGUUGCUGCGGUGAUAGCUGCUAUAGCAUUCGUCCUUCUUCGCUGUUUCAUCUCUCUCAAGCAAAAGCCAAGUGACUGGACAUCCCGUCAUCUUGCAGAAGGUAAACUCGAUGUGGAAUGUCAGGAAUACUCAUAUACUAUAAUGAGAAUUGACGCGCCGACGCCUAAAUUGAAGAAAACAGAGAAAUCAGAACACUCGAUUGCGACGAAGGAGGUCCUACAAGAGCUUCGGACUAAGUAUUAUGCUCCAGUUUCGACUAGAUCACAAAAAAUAGUUUCUCACGGCCUGUGCUUCCAGUUUGAUAUUACCGAAGUUGGCCCAGUGGCUGAGAAGGACCUACCUACGGCGGUUACACCAAGGGGCGAGGGCCAUGCUCUCCGGGUAUCAAGAGCAAGUCUAGUACAGCAAGAAGAAGAGCUGGCGCCCCAAGCCAUACAGAAUGAACCAAAAGAGCAAGAAGAUGAGAAGCCAGGGAGUGACAAAGGCGCUGACCCGUUCGCAGAGUCUUCGGACUCAGAGGCAAGCCAUGAGCCCUCUCCUGAGUCGUGUUGCAUUCAGCUGCUCCUUCUCGGGCAUCUUAGAAGUGCUAUUUGA